CCUUAUCCUCUCGAUCAGAUCGCGUGAGAGAAGAAAAAACGCUAGAAAAAAAAAAUCAUCCAUCGCCGCUUGCGACUCCGGGCGGCGCCGCCGCCGCCACCGCCACCGCCGCCGCCAUCUGCUGCCGCCGCUCUACUCCCCAGAUCUACACACACCAGCCUGCUUCGCUCCCGUUCCAUGCCCAAAACUUGCAGAUCACUUGCGCCUCAAACAAGCUAGGGUAGUCGUCGGGGGGAGGGGGGCGCUUGCUGCUCCCUCCGCCGGCACCAUCUCCAGUCCCGGUGCCGUCUCUCCCUGCUGGAUCCGGAGUCGCGCCUCCACUUUCUUCAUCCUGGUCGAGCCGAGCCACCUUGGGAUCUACCGUUGCUGCCUUUAUACUGUAAUAUUAAUUGAAUUUACCAUGGAUAAGGAUUGGAUGAAAACAUCUAGAUCUAGUGCUGAAUAUAAUAUCGGGGUUGAUAAAUUUAUAGAAUUCGCCUUAUCCAAUUCAGAGAACUUGAUCACCAACCAACAAAGGUUAUCACACAACACUUGUACUUUCUCCUUGGGUUUUCUCAUUUCUAUUGCUAACUGAACUUUGUUGCUGUUUUUAAUGAUAGUUUAAAUCAAGAAACUUUCAUGCUGCAAUGCCAUUGGCAUCCAAACAAAAUGACACAUUUGCAGAUGACAUAAUAAGCAAUGGAGGAUCCGAUGAGGGAGAUGACUAUGAAGAUUACUGUAGCUCUGAAGAUUAUGAUGAGACUGAACCUGGGGACAAUUUGCCACCUUAUGCUGACUUGGAGCAUGAAGGUCAAGUUCAUGAAAUGCUAGAAAGUACAAAGAAAAGUGGAAGAGGCCCCACAAUGAUGAGAUCGCUAUGGAAGGACCUUGAUCCCAAUGAGAAGAUCAGAUUGAAAUUCAAUCGAUAUGGUCAACCUUGUGGAUUAAAGACUUGCAAAUUAACCAAUUUUAUUGGAACUCUUGUCAAAGGCAAAUAUGUAUCCUUGGCUGCAAAGAAUUGGAGAAAGGUACCUGAAGCAAGCAAGACGAAAGUUUGGACAUCUGUUCAGGGAAUUUUUGACAUUGAGGAUCAUUACAAACCUUGGAUUUUGAAAUCAGCUAGCAAAAAGUGGAAAGAUUUUAAAGCUGUCUUGAAGAGAAUGUACUUCAAUUCUGAGUUAUCAUGGAGACAAAAUGUACUUAAUGGCUGCCAAGAAAGAAUCCCUAUAAAACAAUGGGCAUGGUUGGUGAGGUAUUGGAAGACUGAAGCAGCUCGGAUCAAGUCAGAGAGGAAUAAAGCUACUAGAUCCUUGCAACUCAAUGGAACUCACACCACUGGUUCACGAGGUUUUGCAGUUGUUCUUGAUCAAACGGAGCUUAAAGAGAACAGAAAAGUUGGACGGGCUGAACUCUAUGUAAUUACUCAUACCAAAAGAAAUGGAGAACCCUUGGAUGAAUACUGUAGUGAUAAAAUUGUAUGCUCUUUUCCUGAUUUCUCAUCUAGUAUUUGUACAAGUGAUUAA